AUGCCUAAAAUUAAGACUUCAAGAACAAAAAAAGCACCAAAAGGAUGGGAUCAUAUAGAACCCACUUUAUCUGAGCUUUAGAUUAAACUCAGAGAUGUUGAAAACGAACCUAUUGAGGGCAAGAGAAAGCCAGAAGUGCUUUGGCCAAUCUACAAAAUUCAUCAUCAAAUGUCUCGAUACAUCUACGAUCUAUACUAUAAGAAGAAGGAAAUUUCAAGAGAACUCUAUGAAUUCUGCUUGAGAGAGAAAUGGGCAGAUGCUGCAUUGAUUGCCAAAUGGAAAAAGGGUGGCUAUGAAAAGCUUUGCUGUCUACAAUGCAUCUAGAAAGGGGACAGCGCUUUUGGUAAGGGCUGCAUUUGCAGAGUACCCAAAGCCUAGAUGGAAGAGGAAAAAGUUGUUGAAUGUGUUAAAUGUGGAUGCAAGGGCUGUGCUUCAGGAGAUUGA